CCGCCCCCGUCCCGCUCCACCGGAAGGACGCGUCCCUGGCUCCGUGCGCGGACUUGGGACCCGCUGUCCCGGCUCCGCGGUCCUUGCGGCUCCGGGCGGGGCCCUGGCCCCCCUCCCGAUGGAGCCGACCGAGUGCUUGCAGGACGCGCGCGCCCGGGUGCCCAGGAUUGACCCGUACGGAUUCGAGAGGCCGGAGGACUUCGACUACGCCGCCUACGAGGAGUUCUUCUCCUCCUACCUCGUGGUUCUCACCAGGAGGGCGGCCAAGUGGUCCCGGCUGCUCCGGCGCAGCCGCGGCGUCCGCAGGAGCGGCACAGUGAAGCGCUAUGUCAGGAAGGGGGUCCCGCUGCAGCACCGCGCCCACGUCUGGAUGGCCGUGAGCGGAGCCCAGGCCCAGAUGGACCGGAACCCUGGCUACUACCAGCGCCUUGUCCAGGGAGGCGGCAACCCCGGCCUGCAGGAGGCCAUCCGGACAGAUCUGAACCGGACCUUCCCGGACAACGUGAGGUUCCGGAAGAGCGCGGAGCCCUGCCUGCAGCAGGCCCUGUACAACGUGCUGCUGGCGUACGGGCGCCACAACCAGGGUGUGGGCUACUGCCAGGGGAUGAACUUUAUCGCAGGCUAUUUGAUCCUUAUCACGAAGAACGAGGAAGAAUCUUUCUGGCUAUUGGACGCGCUUGUUGGAAGAAUACUGCCCGAUUACUAUAGCCCUGAGAUGCUGGGCCUCAAGACUGACCAGCAGGUGCUCGCAGAGCUGGUCAGGAUGAAGCUGCCGGCCGUGGCGGCCCUCAUGGACGGGCACGGCGUGAUGUGGACGCUGCUCGUGUCCCGCUGGUUCAUCUGCCUGUUUGUGGACAUCCUGCCCGUGGAGACCGUGCUGCGGAUCUGGGACUGCCUGUUUAACGAGGGCUCCAAGAUCAUCUUCCGUGUGGCCCUGACCUUGAUCAAGCAGCACCAGGCUCUGAUCCUGGAAGCCGCCAGUGCGCCAGACAUCUGUGACAAGUUCAAGCAGAUCACGCGGGGCCCUUUUGUGACCGAGUGCCAUGCGUUCAUGCAGAAGGUGUUUUCGGAGCCUGGGAGCCUGCCCAUGACGACCAUCACCAAGCUGCGUGAGACCUGCAGGGCCGCGCUGCUGGCCCAGGGCUGAGCCCACCCACAGGCGCUGGACUGAGCACCGCACUUGCUGUGGAUUCUUACGGCGUGUAAACGGCCCCGCCCGUCACGCUUGUGAGGAAAGCCUGCUGUCAUCAGACAUUAGGGAUGAUGUACAAUGAGGUGUUUGCUAAUAAAGCAUCUCAACGCCUGUGC